AUGCAAGAGAAAUUCAUAGUAGAGGAUGUAUGUGAAGAUGAAGAUGAUUGUUCAAAUUUUGAUUCGCCUACAUGGGCAGAUUCUCAUGAAAAAUUUGGUCAUCAAUUUGUUAUACACAACGCAGAAGCAAUUUGGAAUAAUUCCUUAAGAAAUUUAAUUUAUAAACUUUGGGAUCUUAUUGAACAAAAUCAAGGGCUUACUUAUUAUAUGUCGAUGAGAGCAGUGAAAUUUAUUCGUGAUUUACAAAAAAUAAUCCAACAAAGAGCUGAUAAAGAAAUUUUGCUUAAACCUCAAGGCGAGUCAUACUCAUUCUCUGAUGACCCUGUGUUUGAUGCUAGUAUGGCAGCAGAAAUGUUAAGAAAACUUGUUGGUGAAAAGAAUACAAAUUUUGUUGUUCUAAAUGAAACAUUAGAAGACAAUGAUAUUAAUAAGAAAGAAGAAAAAAAUAAAAAUGCAUAUGACAAUAUCCCUGAAGGUUAUUCAUUAAGAGAAAAUUAUAUUGUAGAACUUAUAAAUCCUCAAAUAAAUUUUCAAAGUGAUAAAAAUCCUGGUGCGAGUAUUAUAAUGUGUAUCGAAAGAGCACAACUUCAAACAUUCUCCAUUGUGGAGGAUUGUUCGAUUGCAAAAGGUCAAGAAAAUUGGCCUGUUUGGGUUCCUAUUGAAGGAUUAAUUAGUAAUACCAAAAAGAAUGCAUUGCCUUUUCAAAGAGUUGUAAGACGUACUUCAGCAACAAUGCAAUAUGAUAAAUUUAAUAACUUGCGUAUAAAAGGUGUUGGUGACGUUACGGAGGAAGAUAGUUCAUAUACCAAGCUUAAAAAUGCAGAACUCGAAAAAGAUGAAUUUCAUAAAAGAAUGGAUACAUGGAAAAUAAAUUUUCCUAGAUUUCAUCUAUCAGCCACUUCUGCACAAUACAAUAUCUUUUUAGAUGUAAUAACAGACUUGCUUAUGUAUCGCGAACCUGCUAUGAAAGAACGAUCAGAAAGAUUGAAUACAAUAUUACUUGCAGCAGAUUUAGACAACCUUAGUGGUGCAGCCGAAAGAGUAUUAUCUUUACAAGAGAAAAUUCGGCAUCUUACCGAAUUGAAGCGCCAAUAUCAAUUAUAUUUAGCAGAUUUGGGAGAGCGUGGAGCUAAGGAGCUUAGAGCAGUAGAAAUAGAUUUGAUGAGUUCACAAGAAGAACUAUAUAUUUUGAUGGAAGCCAUUACUGCGUCACAACAAAGAAAACAAAUGACGGAAAGUAAAAUGGCAUUAAAAGCCGUAGUAUCAUUAAACAAAAUGCAAUAUGAUGUUGGUAAAUUGAUUAUGGCAUAUAUAUUUCCUGAAAAAGAAAAGGCAUAUAUGAUCAAAGAAGGAGGUCCGGAUUUUGCUGAUAAUAUUUCAUUAAAUUUUAAUUCACAAAUUUCAAGAAAUAAUCUAAUUAGUUUGAAUAAUGCUGAAUUUAUUGAUAUUAAAGAUAAGGUUGAUGAAAUUGAAUUGAAUAAAAAUGUAGCCGAGGAACAGAGAAUGACAGUAGUUCAAAAUAACAAUCCGGCACAUGAUCUUGUACUAAUGAAAAAUAGAGCAUCACAAAACAAGACUUUUGUUUAUAUAAAAGUUCCUAGUGUUACACUCAACUUUAGUUACCAGGGAGCAAAAGAAAAAAAUUUUGAAGAUAUUUAUAAUUUUGUAUUCCGUAUGCCAACAUUAGAGUAUCAAAAUAGAACAUGGUCAUGGUUAAAUCUUUUGGAACAAGUAAAGAAAGAUCUUCUUCGUACAAUUUUAUCUCAUACUGGAGCUUUGUUGGAAAAAAUUAUAACGCAAAAAACGCAAAAACGUAUACGACCAAACACCACAACAUCAGAUCUUGAUAUGUCAUCAUCACCAUCAACGUCUGAAGAACUGUCUUCUAAUAUAAAUAAUGGUCAUAAUUCUUUGAUCGAUAAAUCCUCAAUUAAUAGGGAUGAAAGUCAAAAGAAGUCCAAAGAUUCUAUGAAUUCAAAAACAAAAAUUAAUCAACAAACAAAUCAAAAUAACAAUGAUUCUGUUCACUUGAUACAUAAUAGAAAAGAAAGUUGCGAUACUGUAACGUCAGAAACGUCAAUAAGUACAAGGUCAACCACAAUUUCUUCAAAUGCAAAUGAUGACGCAGAAAUUGAAGAAAAGGCCAGGUUGUUGUUGGGAAGGUUGUUUAAUGAGUCAAGAAAUCUCAAUCAUUAA